AAAUGACUGCAACGGAGACAUGAAGUGGAAGUUCUUGUAUCAUAUACUAAUAUUAUAUACAGUGAUUACUUUUGGUUAUUGUUGUAAUAAGUACAACUGGAACCCUUUCUUAACGAAAACAUCACCACAUCUGGCCAUACUAAUUUUAGCUCGGGGAGGUUCCAAAGGUGUUCAUUUAAAAAAUAUUGCCAAAGUUAAUAAUACACCAUUAAUAAGAAUAUCAUUGGACAGUAUCAAAAACGUAAAUUUUGUUCAUUCAGUCUGGGUAUCAACCGAUCACAAAAAUAUUUUUCAAGAAGCCGAGGAAGAAAACGUAAAUAUUCACUGGAGAUCCGCAUAUACUGCGACGGAUACAGCUACAUCGCUAGUCGGGAUAAAAGAAUUUUUAGAGCAUCAUCCAGAAAUUGACAUUUUGGGUUUGGUCCAGUGUACUUCUCCAUUCAUCAAACGAUCUUAUUUACAAUUAGCUGUUGAUUAUAUGAGAGACGGAUUAGAAUGUGCUUUUUCAGUAACCAGAUCUCACAAAUUGAUAUGGAAAGAAACAGAUAACCAAGUAAUUCCUCUCAAUUUUAACCCGUACAAAAGACCAAGGCGGCAGGAUUGGGUAGGAAUUUUGAUUGAAAAUGGGAUGUUCUACUUUGCAACUAGAAACCUGAUUCAAAAAAACACUCUGCAGUCUCUUAAGUAAGUAAGAAUAUAUGAUAACUAUAUACGGUG